CGGUGAUGCUUGAACAGCUUCCAGACCAUUGCUUAGACCAGAUUUGGGUGACAUUGCUCGGAAACUAAUAACUAGAGGGUACCCUUGCAACUCAAGAGUAUAGGGCAAAGAGGAGGGGAGAUGAGAAAAAGGGACACAUGUGCGAUGGCCUACAUUUUUCCUGCCUAAUAAUCCUCGCCUUCUUCCCACACCACAAACUGCCGAGAAUUUCUUCGAAACCUGAGAAGCACGAUUGUUGCAACUGCUAUGACGGAGAACGCCUCAUUUCCAGCAGAAAUGCCGACAAAAUGCCAUGCAGCGGGGGAAGGAAAAGCCACAAAGUCUGGAAUGAGCAAGCAACACGUGUGGUUGCUUGGUUCUGCAAUCUUCCUGUCAAGCUGCCGGUCAAGCUCUAUCAUGACAUGGAUAACACCGUUGACGUAAAACAGCGAUCAUCGUUACCGCUUCCGAAUGUGAACGCGAGGAGCAUAUGCUGGGGCUUGCGAAUUCAUAAGGAUGGCUAUAGGAGAUCUACUCUAAUGAAGGCGUGCAUCAUUAAACAAACAGAGAUAAGUAGUGAGCGUGGCUGUGAAGGAAAGUCGACACUUUCUAGCUGCAAUGGAAGGGAACGCAUGACUGAAAGUUUCAGUAGUGAAGCUGACGAUAGUUGGAGAUACGCGCAUCAUAAAGUGUCCAAAAACAAUGUAAUUCCUAGUUGCGUCUAUCGACCGAAACCCCUUCAUUACCAUUAUGAAUUUUUGAAUACAAGAUAA